AUGAAUUUGGAUGUUCUUGUGUUAUAUUAUAUUAAUCACUCAAAUCAACUUUCAUUUUUAGGUUAUUUAAGCAACGGAAGGCCCCUAACGUGUGUGGCAUGGACAACUUUCACUUCCCGUGACCUUUUAAAUACGCUCAAAAUACCUUCGAAGACGUUCAUCACAUUUAUGAUGACCCUUGAAGACCACUAUGUCAAAGACAAUCCAUUCCAUAAUUCUCUGCACGCUGCGGAUGUAACGCAAGGAACUCAUGUUUUAUUGAAUACUCCAGCUUUGGAGUCGGUCUUCACACCCCUCGAAAUAACCGCAGCCCUGUUCGCGGCCUGCAUUCACGAUGUUGACCAUCCCGGCUUGACGAACCAAUUCUUGAUCAAUUCCAGCAGCGAGUUGGCGUUGAUGUAUAACGACGAAUCCGUGUUGGAGAACCACCAUUUGGCAGUGGCUUUCAAAUUAUUGCAGAACGAUGGAUGUGAUAUAUUCUGUAACAUGACAAAGAAGCAGAGACAGACCCUGCGUAAAAUGGUUAUAGACAUGGUGCUGAGCACAGAUAUGUCCAAGCACAUGAGUCUGCUUGCUGAUUUAAAAACGAUGGUCGAGACCAAAAAAGUCGCUGGGUCCGGGGUUUUGUUGCUGGACAACUACACUGACCGUAUUCAAGUAUUAGAAAAUCUAGUCCAUUGUGCUGAUCUGAGUAAUCCUACGAAACCAUUGUCGUUGUAUAAACAGUGGGUCGAACGACUUAUGGAAGAAUUUUUUCAACAGGGCGAUAAAGAAAGGGAAGCCAAAAUGGAUAUAAGUCCCAUGUGCGAUAGGUACUCGGCAACGAUUGAAAAAUCGCAGGAAAAAAAGAGGACCCAGAUGGCUACCCUGAGGAACGCCAGAUGUAAUAAAGAAAGGUUCAGAUCUGUGGCCACCAAUCGAAACAAAGCUCACCCUUCCCGUUAA